CGGCGACUCAGUCUGAGUGUCGCGUCUAGAAACCGAAAGAUCUUCGCUAAGAAAAGACGCUAAACGAGGAAGGGGAGGUUGUCCAGCAGCUGCUGUUAGACCCGUGUGAGGAAAAAACGCUGCUAUUCCUGCACUCACUUCCUGAGCGAAUACACGCAACGUUACCGCAAACUAACAGUUAGUAACAGCUAGCGUUAGCGUAGAAAUGGGGAAUCGCGUAGCGUUAGCUCGCGAGGAUUUUGAGUGGGUUUAUACGGACCAGCCUCACGCCGACCGGAGGAAAGAGAUUUUGGCUAAAUACCCAGAGAUCAAGUCUCUGAUGGGACCCGACCCCAGGCUGAAAUGGAUCGUCUGCACGAUGGUUGCCGUCCAGUUUUUGGCCUUCUAUUUGGUGAAGGACCUGCCGUGGAAAUGGGUCAUGUUCUGGACAUAUGUGUUCGGGAGUUGCAUAAACCAUUCAAUGACACUAGCGAUUCACGAGAUCUCUCACAACACGGCUUUCGGCAACAACCGUGCCAAAUGGAACCGCUGGUUCGCCAUCUUCGCCAAUCUGCCCAUUGGGCUGCCUUACUCUGCAUCCUUUAAGCGCUACCACCUGGACCACCAUCGGUACUUGGGUGGAGAUGGCGUGGAUGUCGACAUCCCCACUGAUUUCGAGGGCUGGUUCUUUUGCACCCGUUUGCGCAAGCUCUUCUGGAUCAUGUUCCAGCCGCUGUUCUACGCCAUCCGUCCCCUCUGCAUCAACCCCAAACCCAUCAGUCAACUAGAGCUCAUCAACGUGGCCAUACAGCUCUCGUUUAACACUCUGCUUUACUGGACCUGUGGUGCCAAGCCCUUGGUCUACAUGAUGAUGGGCUCAAUGUUAGGAAUGGGUCUCCAUCCCAUCUCAGGACACUUCAUCGCAGAACAUUACAUGUUCCUCAAAGGCCAUGAGACCUACUCUUACUAUGGAUCCCUCAACCUGCUGACUUUCAACGUCGGGUACCACAACGAGCACCACGACUUCCCUAGCGUUCCAGGACGCCGACUACCAAUGGUGAAGAAAAUCGCAGCGGAGUACUACAGAGACCUGCCGUGCUACACGUCAUGGGUGAAGGUCCUUUAUGACUUUAUCAUGGACGAUGAACUGAGUCCGUACUCCCGCGUGAAGAGACGACUGACCGGAGAUGUCAAACAGGAGUGACCGCGACGGGACGACAUCUGCCGCUGACCGUUUUAACCUUCGCCU